AUGGCAACCGAUACCGAGACGCUCUCUCUUCCGACCACGACGGCCCCUACAGAGGUCGCUGGGUCAUCAUGCCUGCCUCAAGAUGAACAUCAGUGCCGGGGACUCAAAAGAGAAUGGAGCGCCGACGAGUGGGACACGAGCAUCACGCCCAACUUUCACUUCUCCCUAGGCGGACCGAGCAACACCGCGACGAGCCCACAGCACCAGACACAAUCGCCUCAACAACAGCAGGAUCAGGGAGGCGAUGCCACGGUGACGGGCAAGUACGUCGCUCAGCUUAACCUUAACCCUGACGAUUGCGAAAGGCCCUUGAAGCGGAGGCCGAGCUCCGAUUACUGGCUAACAUCCAAUCUGUUAUCCUCCUACAGGAGCGUGGAGGAAUCGUGUAAGCGUGCGCUAGAACACUUUCCGUGUCCGAGCAUCUCCUUCGCCAUGCCUACUCUCGAGUUUGACUUUCGCAUCGCUGUCGCACUCAACCCGGAGCCCUCCCGAAUUGAGAACCGUGUCCAAAAGGAGAUCACCACCAUCAAGGGCGGCAGAUGGUCCGGAUCGUUUGGCAAUGGUCGAGUCAUGGCAGGCGGAUACGAUCUUGGCCAGGCACGCGGUUUUCGCCCGAUUCGCAUUGUUGAGGGCGCUUUUGUCUUGCAAACCACCGACCAGCCUCCGGCUAUGCUGGAAAUGCGAACGAGAGGUUCUUUAUCGGGCCCAUGUGACAUCCUUGAUACUCUUCUUAGCGCAAAGGAGUCCAAGGACAACAUCGACCCCCGUCAAUACGGCUUUCGGACUUUUGCCACUGUCAAGACCGCAGACAAACGCUACGCCGAGUUUGUCAACUGCGGACUCUGGGUUGCAAGUGGUGUGUGGCGAGGUGAAGAGCUGAUUAUCGAGUGA